CUAGGCCCCUCCAACUCCAAGUAAGCACUCCGAAAAUGUUACUUUGCGGAGGCCGUAGAUUCAAUUUAUUGGCGCCAACAACCCCACUCUCAUUUGGGACUUUCAUCAAACACCUUGCAGCUUCAAAAUCCUCCAAGCUUUCACUGACCGCAAAAUCGUUUACCUCCAGCACAAGCUCAAAAGUCUUCAGUUCCUCCCGUUUUGAAGCGCUAAAUUCGCGUCAAAAAGAACAAGUGCAUCUCUACAUUGAUUCCCUCCUUGAAUGGAACCAGAAAAUGAAUCUGACUGCCGUAAAGGAGGAGAGCGAGGUUAUGGAAAGGCACGUUGAAGACUCACUUUCAAUUAUUGAACCGAUUCGGACUUCGUAUCUCUCACAUUGUGGACCUUCGUCUGAGAAUCUCAAUCUCGUUGAUGUUGGAAGUGGUGCCGGGCUUCCUGGAGUAAUUUUGGCCAUUGCUUCUCCAGGUUGGAAAGUGACCCUUCUGGAGUCUUUAAAUAAGCGUUGUUCCUUUUUGGAGCACGUGGUUAGUCAGAUUGGUCUAUCAAAUGUUCAAGUUAAAAGAGAAAGAGCUGAGAAGCUAGGGCAAGACGUCAGCUUCAGAGAGUCUUUUGAUGUUGCAGUUGCCCGAGCAGUUGCAGAAAUGAGAAUUUUAGCUGAGUAUUGCCUUCCUCUAGUCCGAACUGGUGGUAUCUUUGUAGCUGCGAAAGGUCAUGAUCCUCAGGAGGAAGUGCAAAGAGCAGAGAGAGCAAUACAACUGAUGGGAGCAUCUCUAUUGCAUAUUCGUUGUGUUGAUUCCCACAGUAAACAUGGACAGAGAACUGCCAUAAUUUGUUUGAAAGGUAAACCUACCCCCAAGAAAUAUCCUCGAGAUCCAGGAACUCCAGCUAAGAUUCCACUUUGAGAGGAAUGUUGUCAUGCCUCCGUAUCUCCCAAUUGUACAGUUAAUGUAUGAUAGAGGGAAGUUUGUAUUUUAGUAUCCUUUCUCUUGAGUUUUACAUGUAGAAACACUAUACUCAUGGAUGGCUAGAAGCAGUACUACUAGUUCCUUUGUGAAUUGCUUACCUCAUUAUUUGAGAAGGUACACCACACAGAUUUGGCUUAAAUUCUAUCCAUUAAGAUGAAUGUAUAUUACAACCACAUAAUACUUCUAUUAUUUUGUAGCCGAAUAUAGGCAUUAACACUGGCCAUGUUCCAGUUGGUGAUUC